AUGGAAACACAGCUGCUUUCUCGAUUGCGGGGUCCAGCACUUGCGCCAGAGGACCUGGAUAGUAUUGCUGCGUCCAUUCGCAGCAGUCCAACUGUACGGUUGGCCCUUGCUGGUGUCAAAGCUUUUGGUCGCCAGGGGCGGUGGCAAGAAAGCCUCAGCUUCCUGGACUCCUUGCAUGAAUGCCACUUGCAGCGGCACCUCUACUGCUACAGCGCGGUCAUGAGCUGCCUCGAGGAGCCCGGCAAGUGGCAGCAGAGCCUGGCCUUGCUUUGUGAGUUUCCGAGUUUAGCUGUGCAGCCCGACGACAUGGCAUUCAAUGCGGCCAUCCGUGCCUGUCAGGGCGAAUGGGUGCAGGCAUUUCAACUUCUCGAGCUAAUGCGAGCACAGCAGCUACAGCCAACUGCCAUCACGUACGCAGCUUCAGCUCUCUUCAGCGGUGAAGCCCCAUUUCUUCACACCAACAGCACCUGCAGUUCACUGCCUGUGCCAAUGCUGCUGCUGCUGCUGCCUCAUGGCCAGCUGCUCUUGCAGCUUUGGAUGAGGCAAGAAAUCUUCAGCUGCAAAUGGACGUCAUCCUCUUCUCGACUGUUUUGA